AUGUCUUUCCUACGGAAGAGUCAAGUCAUAAAACCAGAGCCAACAUCACAGCAAACCCACCACACAACGACAAAGUCUUCUUUUACACUGAAGAAAAAAUUUCACAUCCCAUUCUUCAACAACACAGCGAAGACAGCUCCAGCAAAAGAAUCCACUCUCCAGAGCGCUCACGUUACUCCUUCGACAAACAUCACAUCACCCACCACCACCACGACGUCACAACCAAAAAAGAGUCUCAGCAUAAGUAAGGAUACUAUUGUUCACCGUACCGAUAGUGGUUGUAGACGAAACACAAUUUGGUCCGACACCGUUGACAUUGAUCUCGUCUCAAAUUUGUCGUCCAAGGAGCUUAACCGCCAAGAAGUUCUUUUUGAAAUCAUCAAGACAGAGCAAGAAUAUGUUCGCGACUUGCGCUUGAUCGAAGAAUUCUUUAUUCACCCAAUCAAGAAAGCUGAAGAGAAAUCACACAGGACGGUGGUCCCCGAGCACCUCAACAAGGUCUUCAACUCCAUUUCAUAUUUCCUAUUCAUCCAUGAAGUUAUCAGCAACUGCUUGAGAGAGCGUCAAGAAGAUCAAUCACCAUUGGUACGAAGCAUCUCCGAUAUCCUCUUGGCCUAUGUUUGGGUAUUCCGCGCCUAUGCUCCUUACCUUAUUCACUAUGAAGAAGCCCUAAGAGAAUUGGAAGAGUGCAUCAGAAAGAAGGAUAAGUUGGGUCGUAUCGUCAAGAAGCAACAAAAAUUGGCAACCUUCCGAAACAUGCCAUUGUCCACCUACCUUCUUAAACCAUUCCAACGCCUUCUCAAAUAUCCUCUCCUCAUCUCCAAUCUGUUGAAGUGUACCGACAAGGAAGGUUUCGACUAUGAGAACACGGUAUCCCUAAAGACCAAACUCGACAAUGUUCUCAAUGAUGUCGAGGAACAGAAGCGUGCUCAUGAUAACAUGGAACGUCUUCGUGAAUUGGAAAAUAGAAUUCACGGUCUUGGUCACUUCCGCUUGGCCGUAAACAACCGACAACUUCUCAGGGAAAGUCCCGCCUGUCAGAAUUCGUUGUCCUUGAAGAAGCAGCCUUCCUUGCGAAAAUCAUUGACCGUCAUGUCUGACCCAUCGCAACACUCAAACAGACGUCAUUCAGUACGAAAUCUUUACACCCUCGAGUGUAAUGAUAUUGUGCUCUUGGCCGAACGUACGGGAGUGACCAAAGAAGGUCAACCCAUGUACAAGCUGGUCUCUCGUCCCCCUCCAGCUCCUUUGGAUGACGAACCUGUUUUAGUGCAAAAGCCUGAUGUUUACGAGUAA